UCCAUAAUAUCACAUUGAGUACAACAUUAUAAACAUGCAUUUUGUUAUAGGGCCAUGGGAACUGGUAUACCGCUGAUCACAUUACUGCGAAACAUGCCAGCACAACAUACAUCCGGUGCUUUGAAUACUGAACACAAUAAAGCACAGAGAGAGCAUACAGAUGGAGAAGAUAAAGGACUGUCUAAUACUCCUACAUUACUUCGACCUAAUGUAGAUAUUGAGGACGUAAAAACAGAGCUGUCACAGGGCGCUCUUGUAAAUUUGAAUACAAACACAUCUGCUGAUGACAAAUUCGUCAAAUUGGAAGAAUGCACAUCUCCUCUGCUGCCAGGAGACGUCAUGGACAUCUUAGAGACUGAUACGAAUGAUGCUUCAUAUGCAAUGUAUACCACACUGAAUGAAGAAUCACAGAGCGAUGUCAGUGCUUCCAAACCAGAGCUACCAUUCAACCCUGACAUAGACCAGCUGGAUGAGGAAGGAUACACACUGCUCUACAAGGCAGCUUUAGAAGGUCAUCUCGAAGAUGUUGACGACCUCAUUUCACGGGGAGCCAAUCCAAAUAAACCAAGUAAAGGUGGACUCCGUCCUCUUCAUGCAGCGGCUCAAGAAGGACAUGCACAGAUCGUUGACUUCCUCAUCCUUCAAGGGGCGGACGUGAGUGUUGAGUGUGAACUGGGUCAGACACCUCUUCAAACAGCGGCUGCAAAAGGUUAUGUUCACAUCUUAGAGAGCUUCAUUGCAGAAGAAGCUAAUGUGAAUGUGGAAGAUAACACUGGCUGGACACCUUUCAAUGUUGCCGUUCAAUAUGGUCAUACAGAAGCUGUCCAAUAUCUUAUGACUGAAGGAGCAAAGCGAAACAGGUAUUGUGGAAAGACCCCACUCUACGCUGCAGCGUAUUUUGGUCAUUUAGAUAUCGUCAAAUUUUUCAUUUCGAAAGGAGCUGGUAUGAACGAAGAAGAUGACGAAAGGAUGAUUCCUCUCCACGGGGCAGCUGCUCGAGGCCACGUGAAAAUCAUAAAAUGUCUCAUUCAUCAAGGAUCUGAUGUGAACAAGAAAGAUGCCAAAGAUUGGACACCAUUCAAUGCAGCCGUUCAAAAUGGCCAUCUAGAAGCUGUCAAAUAUCUCAUGACUAAGGGAGCGAAGCUGAACAGAUGUGAUGGAAGGACCCCACUCUAUACCGCUGCACGAUUAGGUCAUUUAGACAUCGUCAGAUUCCUCGUAUACAAAGGAGCUGAUGUGAACGAAGAAGAUGAUUGCGGGAUGAUUCCUCUCCACGGUGCAGCUUCUGGAGGUGCGGAGCAAAACAGAUUUGAUGAUAUGACCCCACUCUAUGCCGCAGCAGGCUUUGGUCAUUUAGAUAUCGUCAAAUUCUUCAUUUCCAAAGGAGCUGAUGUGAACAAAGAAAAUGAAAAUGGGAGGAUUCCUCUCCAUGGUGCAGCUAUCCGAGGUCACAUGAAAGUCAUGGAAUAUCUCAUUCAGCAUGGAUCUGAUGUGAACACGAAUGAUGUCGAUGGUUGGACACCAUUCAAUGCUGCCGUUCAAAGUGGCCACAAAGAAGCCGUCAAAUAUCUCAUGACUAAAGGAGCAAAACAAAACAGAUUUGAUGGAAUGAUCCCACUCUAUGCCGCAGCACUAUUGGGUCAUUUAGAUAUCGUCAGAUUCUUCAUUUCCAAAGGAGCUGAUGUGAACGAAGAAGAUGACGAAGGGAUGAGUCCUCUCCACGGUGCUGCUACUCGAGGCCACCUGAAAGUCAUGGAUUAUCUCAUUCAGCAAGGAUCUGAUGUGAACAAAGUUGACAUCAAGGGUUGGACCCCUUUCAAUGCUGCUGUUCAAUAUGGUCAUCUAGAAGCCGUCAAAUGUCUCAUGACUGAAGGAGCGAAGCAGAACAGAUAUGCUGGAAUGCCCCCGUUCUAUGCUGCAGUACUAUCUGGCCAUUUAGACAUCGUCAAAUUCUUCAUAUCCAUAGGAGCUCGUGUAAACGAAGAAAAUGAAGAAGGAAAGAUUCCCCUCCACGGGGCAGCUGCUCGUGGCCACGUGAAAGUCAUGGAAUAUCUCAUUCAGCAAGGAUCUGAUGUGAACAAAGUUGACAUCAAGGAUUGGACCCCUUUCAAUGCUGCUGUUCAAUAUGGUCAUCUAGAAGCCGUCAAAUGUCUCAUGACUGAAGGAGCGAAGCAGAACAGAUAUGCUGGAAUGCCCCCGUUCUAUGCUGCAGUACAAUCUGGCCAUUUAGACAUCGUCAAAUUCUUCAUAUCCAUAGGAGCUCGUGUAAACGAAGAAAAUGAAGAAGGAAAGAUUCCCCUCCACGGGGCAGCUGCUCGUGGCCACGUGGAAGUCAUGGAAUACCUCAUUCAGCAAGGAUCUGAUGUGAACAAAGUUGACAUCAAGGGUUGGACCCCUUUCAAUGCUGCUGUUCAAUAUGGUCAUCUAGAAGCCGUCAAAUGUCUCAUGACUGAAGGAGCGAAGCAGAACAGAUAUGCUGGAAUGCCCCCGUUCUAUGCUGCAGUACAAUCUGGCCAUUUAGACAUCGUCAAAUUCUUCAUAUCAAUAGGAGCUCGUGUAAACGAAGAAAAUGAAGAAGGAAAGAUUCCCCUCCACGGGGCAGCUGCUCGUGGCCACGUGGAAGUCAUGGAAUAUCUCAUUCAGCAAGGAUCUGAUGUGAACAAAGUUGACAUCAAGGGUUGGACCCCUUUCAAUGCUGCUGUUCAAUAUGGUCAUCUAGAAGCCGUCAAAUGUCUCAUGACUGAAGGAGCGAAGCAGAACAGAUAUGCUGGAAUGCCCCCGUUCUAUGCUGCAGUACAAUCUGGCCAUUUAGACAUCGUCAAAUUCUUCAUAUCCAUAGGAGCUCGUGUAAACGAAGAAAAUGAAGAAGGAAAGAUUCCCCUCCACGGGGCAGCUGGUCGUGGCCACGUGGAAGUCAUGGAAUACCUCAUUCAGCAAGGAUCUGAUGUGAACAAAGUAGACAUCAAGGGUUGGACCCCUUUCAAUGCUGCUGUUCAAUAUGGUCAUCUAGAAGCCGUCAAAUGUCUCAUGACUGAAGGAGCGAAGCAGAACAGAUAUGACGGUAUGACCCCACUUUAUGCCGCAGCACAAUUUGGUCAUUUAGACAUCGUCAAAUUCUUCAUAUCAAAGGGAGCUGAUGUUAAGGAGGAAAAUGAUGACGGGGGUCAUCUAGAAGCCGUCAAAUGUCUCAUGACUGAAGGAGCGAAGCAGAACAGAUAUGAUGGAAUGACGCCACUCUAUGCCGCAGCACAAUCUGGUCAUUUAGACAUCGUCAAAUUCUUCGUAUUCAAAGGAGCUAAUGUGAACGAAGGAGAUGAAAAAGGAAAUAUUCCUCUCCAUGGUGCAGCUUUUCACGGUCAUUUGGAAGUCAUGGAAUAUCUCAUUCAGCAGGGAUCUGAUCUGAACAAUGAAGACAACACUGGGUGCACUCCAUUUAAUGCCGCCGUUCAAGAGGGACAUUUGGAGGUCGUACGGUAUCUCGUGAAUACACGGGCACAGCAGAACAGAUAUGAUGGAAUGACCCCUCUUUAUGCCGCAGCACAAUGUGGGCAUUUGGAAAUCGUCAAAUUCUUCAUAUCCAACGGAGCUGAUGUGAACGAAGAAGAUGAUGAAGGCAUGGUUCCUCUCCAUGGUGCAGCUAUUGACGGUAAUGUUGAAGUUAUGAAAUAUCUCGUUCAGCUAGGGUGUGACGUGAAUUGGAGAGACAAAACUGGAUGGUCACCAUUUAAUGCUGCUGUUCAAUACGACAAUCUUGAAGCCGUUAAAUAUCUCCUGAGUAUGAAGGCGGCGCAGAAUAUAUAUAAUGGAAUCACCCCACUCUCUUCCGCAGCAAGAUUUGGUCAUGUGUACCUCGUGAAAUACUUCAUUUCCAAAGGAGUAGAUGUCAACGAGAAAAAUGAUGCAGGACGGAUUCCUCUUCACGAUGCAGCUAUUCACGGUAAUACUGAAGUCAUGGAAUAUCUCAUUCAGCAAGGAUCUGAUAUUAACAAGGGUGACCUCAAGGGUUGGACACCAUUCAAUGCUGCUGUUCAAUAUGGUCAUCGAGAAGCUGUCACAUAUCUCUUGACUAAAGAAGUAAAGCAGAACAGAUAUGAUGAUAUGACUCCACUCCAUGCCGCAGCACAUUCUGGUCAUUUAGAAAUCGUGGAAUACUUCGUUUCCAAGGGAGCUGAUGUGAACGAAGAAGAUGACAAAGGGAUGAUUCCUCUCCAUAAUGCAGCUGCUCAAGGCCACGUGAAAGUCAUGGAAUAUCUCAUUCAGCAAGGGUCAGAUGUGAACAAGACAGACACCAAGGGUUGGACACCAUUCAAUGCUGCCGUCCAAUAUGGCCAUCUAGAAGCUGUCAAAUAUCUCAUGAAUGAAGGAGCGAAGCGGACCAUACACGAUGGGAUGACCCCACCCUAUGCUGCAGCACAUUUUGGUCAUUUAGAAAUUGUGAAGUUCUUCAUUUCCGAAGGAGCUGAUGAGAACGAACCAAAUGACAAAGGGGUGACUCUUCUUCACGGUGCAGCUGCUCGAGGCCACUUGAAAGUCAUGGAAUAUCUCAUUCAGCAAGGAUAUGAUGUCAACAUGAAAGAUUGCAGAGGUUGGACGCCAUUACAUGCUGCAAUCAUAAAUGGCCAUUUGAAAGUUGUCAAACUUCUCAUGGUGAAAGGAGCUGAAAGUACCUGGUUUGACGGAAUGACCCCACUUUGCAUCGCAACACAGUAUAACCAUAUCGAUGUGGUAAAAUUCCUUGUCUCCAAUGGAUAUAAUGUGAACGACAGAAAUGAAUGCGGCAAGUCCCCUCUUCAUGCAGCAUGUUACAAUGGCAACAUGGAUAUCGUGAAAUUUCUCCUUCACCACAACGCUAAUGUCAAUGAACAAGAUCAUGAUGGAUGGACACCACUCCAUGCCGCUGCACAAGAAGGACACCAAGACAUAGUCGAUUACCUUGUAUUGAAUGGAGCAGACUUUGACGCAAGGGACAUAGAUGAAUUGACAACGCUUCAGGCAGCAGCGAACGCAUGCCAUUUGAAUGCAAUAGAAGACAUCUCACCUUCUAGAGGUGACCUGGAUAAGGAAGAAAAAGGAGCCCUACGACCUGGAGGCCACCAGAAUCACAUCACAAGAGGAUAUGUGACGGUGACAAUGAAGGAUGCAGACACGCAGCCACUAAACCCAUCUCAGAUAGACAAUGCAGAGGAGGGAAAUGACUGCAUUCAAGCUCAUAAUUCGAAGCGAGGAGCCGAUGAACCCUCCUUGAAGAGUCUUCCCGUAAGGACCAAUGAUGAUGGACAGGGUGGCAAUGAGGAGCACAAUCCUUUCAUUCAGGCUAAGCUGAAAUAUCCUGACAAAAGUGAACAAGUUCCGAUGCUAGAUCGGAUGAAGGCAAUAACGUGCCCCGAUACAAGAAAAAGAUGCACCACAACAAAUGGCACAGACUUUUCUUCACCGCGUGGAGCUCAGACAGGGCAAUACAGCGUAUUUGAUCCACCCUAUCUACAAACCAUGGAGAAUGACGGUCACCCGUCUGAAGAACCGGAAUCCAGAGGUCGCUCACGAAUUGACGAAAACAGGGAAAUUCGAGAAUCUUCUUCACCGAUGAAUGCUGGUAAUGAUCCUCCAAUUAACAGAACAUCAGAGAUUGAGAGCUUCCCUACACAACCACCAGCUGCCGUUCACCAAAAGUUGUAUGACGGAAACCCUGUCACCUCCCACGGAACCACCUUACACCCAUAUUGGGAAAUCAGGGCCCUCGGACAAACUUUCCUGCAGAUGAUUAUCGCUUUGGCCAUCAUUCUUGCUGGAAGUCCGGUUCUCGUAGCAGGUAGGGCUAACACCGAACGGGUCACGCUAAAAGCAGGUAAAUCUGGUGUGGUCCCAUUCCAUCUCACAUUACCACCUAGUGAUACAGAUACAUCCCAGGAUGUUCCAUUUUACACACUUCGGUUCGAAUCUAAUCUUCGUCCAUUCUCCAUAAAUGGAAAAAUAGAGUCUCAUGCAGGGUCUGGGGCUUGUAGGCAAUUCAUGCUUCCUUCCCUGUGGCACCUCACGUACCUGUUUGUAUACCUCCUCUACGUUUUUACAAUCCAUUAA